AUGUUAUUUUUAUUAUUUUUAAUAAUAAUUGUAAAUAAUUCAAAUAUUUUUUGUUUAUUAUUAAAAUAUCCAAUAGAAAAUGGAACAGAAAAUCCAAAACUUUUGGUUGAAAAUUGGAAAGAAAAUGUUGUUUAUUUAAUUAGAUAUCCAAGAAUUUCUUCUUUGCCCGAUUUGGAUGUUAAUUGUUUUGAAUUGGAAAUUUGGUUAAAAUUAAAAGAAAUUCAAUUUUAUAGAAUUAAUAACCAAUUUAAACUUGGUUCUCCUCAAAAUGGCCAAGUUCCAUUUAUUCAAUUUAAUGGAGAUUUUAUUGAAGGAAUGGAAAAUAUUAUAAAUAAAUUAAAACAUUUAGGAAAACCUUUAGCCGAAAAUAAAAAUGAAAAAAAGGUUGAAGAAAUUGUUGAUAAUAUAUUAUUUCCAACAACUAGAGAUUUAAAAGGAAAUGGAGGAUUUGAUUUUUUAGCAAAAGAUAAAGCUAUACAUCAACAAUUGUUGCCUAAAUUGGAAGAACUUUAUAAAAAACCCCAAAUAAUUGAAAUUAAUGACAAUGAAGCUUUUCUGGUUAAAAUAGAUGAACAAUUUUGGAAUGAACUUUUUUGUUUGGAAAAAGGAGUUGAAAAACACGAAAAGGAUGAUAAGGAUAUUAAAUUAUUUUUUGAUAAAUAUAUUGAUAAAUUAGUAAAAGGGGGAAAUAAACAAAUAUUUGAUUUGAAGUACUGGAGUGUUUUUAUUGAUACAAAGAAUGAAUGGAUUGAAAAUAUUGUUAAAAAAUAUUUAAUUGAAGGAGGAAAUAAUUUUGAAAAUAUGUUAAUUAAACAAAUUUCUUCCAAUAAAAAAAUUAAGACAAUUAAUAAAGUUAUCAAAAAUUUUGAUAAAAAUUUAUCUUUGAUUGGAGAAAUGAUUGUUGGAAAUUAUUUUAUUUUUGGAGAAGAACCUACAAAUGCAGAUAUUUGUUUAUUUGCUGUAUUAAUUCAAUUCUUUGAAGGCCCUUUUUUGAAUAUUCCACAACUUGAUUACUUUUUCCGAUUAAAAGGAUCUUCAAAUAAUGUUGGAAGUACAAGUCAAGUUUAUAACCAAAAAGGAAAAGGUAAAGACAUUAUUCAAAAUGAAGAAGAAUUGAAUGAAUUUAAAUAUAAUAAUGAAGAGAUACCAAAUGAAAUUGAAAAAGAUGAAAUUGAAGAAGUAAAGGAAAUUGCUGAAAAUAAAGGACUUAUUAUUGAAUUUGAAGAUGAUAGAAUUAAUAUUUUAUUUAAUUUUGUACAAAAUAUAAAGAAAAAAUUAGGUUUUAAUAAAGAAAGUGAUUGGCAAAAGUUGAGAGAAUAUCCAUGGGAAUUGAAUUACGAACCUGAGGAUUUUUCACAAAAAAGAUAUAUUGGUUUGAUUUUAAAAAUUAUGAAAAUUGUUUGA